AUGGCCAGCAACGGAACUAACGGCGCACACGCGCCAGCUCCAGCAUUCGAUACAUCAUCGACUAUUCCUCUGUGGCUGGACGGGAAAGAAGUCAAACUCUCCUCGACCUUCGACGUGAUCUCUCCCGUCGACCACAAAACCCUGUACAAAUGCUCUUCCGCUGACGAAGAGGAUGUGCACAAAGCCAUCGCCGCCGCCGAGAAGGCAUUCACAACGUGGUCUAAGACGAAGCCAGCCUUCCGGAGAGACAUCUUCCUCCGGGCGGCCGACGAGUUCAAGAAGAGACGAGACGAGUUACGGCAUUACAGCCAUAGCGAGACGGGCGCCGCCGAGUCCAUGUUUGCCUUUGAGCACAACCUAGCUUACGAGGCCUGCAAGAGCAUCGCGGGCCUCAUCCAGGUCGCCUCGACCUCCACUAUGCCCGUUGUUGGCGAAGAGGGUAGCAGUGCUAUGGUGGUCAAGGAACCAUAUGGUGUGAUCCUGGGAAUUGCGCCGUGGAACGCACCCUAUGUCCUGGGUCUUCGCGCGUGCUUGCAACCUCUUGCCAUGGGCAACACAGUCAUCCUCAAAGGCCCUGAAGCAGCUCCUGCAACAUACUGGGGCCUCGCCUCCAUCCUUCACGCAGCAGGGCUGCCCGCGGGCUGCCUCAACACUAUCUAUCACCGCCCUGCCGACGCGGCAAAGGUCACAACAGCGCUGAUCUCUCACCCAUCCAUCAAGAAGAUCAACUUCACGGGUUCUACAGCUGUGGGCGCCAUCAUCGCCUCCCAGGCCGGGAAGUAUCUCAAGCCGACGGUCAUGGAACUGGGUGGUAAAGCGCCCUCGAUCGUCUGCGAAGACGCCAACAUCUCCACCGCAGCUCUACAAUGUGCAUUGGGCGCGUUCCUCCACGCGGGCCAGAUCUGCAUGUCGACGGAGCGCAUCAUCGUGCACGAGAAGGUGGCCGACCAGUUCCGCGAGGCGCUCAAGCAGACCAUGGACCACGUCUUUGCCGAAACACCCGAGGGCAUGGGCGUGCCGCAGCUCGUGACGUCUGCCCCUGUUACGAAGAACAAGAAACUGCUCGAAGACGCGCUGUCCAAGGGCGCCAAGACGCUGUACGGCGACGCUUCACACAAUGAGGAGUCAUCAACGCGUAUGCGUCCCGUCGUGAUCGAGAACGUCUCCCCCAAGAUGGACAUUUACCACACGGAAUCCUUUGGUCCGACUGUGUCGCUGUACGUGGUGGGCUCCGACGAGGAGGCCCUUAAGAUCGCCAACGAUACCGACUACGGCCUCGCUAGCGCGAUCUUUACCGAGGACCUGCGUAAGGGUCUGCGGUUGGCCCGCCAGAUCGAGACCGGGGCUGUACACAUCAACAGCAUGAGCGUCCACGACGAGGCGGCCCUGCCGCACGGCGGCGUCAAGAAGUCUGGAUUUGGGAGAUUCAAUGGCGUGCCUGGGUUGGAAGAGUGGGUCAGGACAAAGGUCAUUACGUGGAAGGACUGA